GCUACACUGAUUGGUUAAUCUUCGUGUCGGCGUAUAUAUCCCGGCAUUCCCAUGCACCGCUCGCUCCUUUCCUUCGGCCAUCUUCCUUUAGGAGGGUCUUAGCCCUUCAAUAAGUAGCAAUGGCCCCAAGUCGAAAUGGAAUGAUUUUGAACCCUCAUUUCCACAAGGACUGGCAGAAAAGAGUCCGGACUUGGUUCAAUCAACCAGCCAGAAAAAUCCGCAGACGCAAGGCGCGGCAGGCUAAAGCACGCCGCAUUGCUCCACGUCCAGUUGCUGGCCCACUUCGACCAGUUGUUAGGUGUCCCACUGUCAGGUAUCACACUAAAGUACGUGCUGGACGAGGCUUCAGCCUGGAGGAGCUAAAGGCAGCAGGCAUUAACAAGAGAGUUGCACGUACUAUUGGCAUUGCUGUUGAUCACAGACGCCGUAACAAGUCAACUGAAUCUAUUCAGUGUAACGUUCAACGUCUGAAGGAAUAUCGCUCUAAACUGAUAAUCUUCCCAAGAAAGGCUUCAGUUCACAGGAAGGGAGAUUCUUCUGCAGAAGAAAUUAAACUGGCAACACAGUUAACUGGACCAGUUAUGCCAAUCAAAAAUAUAUACAAGAAAGAGAAGGCCCGGGUGAUCUCGGAGGAUGAGAAGAAUUUCAAGGCUUUUGCAAGCCUCCGUAUGGCCCGUGCCAAUGCCCGUUUGUUUGGAAUCCGUGCUAAGAGAGCAAAGGAAGCAGCAGAACAGGAUGUUGAGAAGAAAAAAUCUUCAACUUUGUGUGCUAGUGUUUCAGAGAACAAACACGGAGUCAAGUAAAGAAACAAAGUCUAUAAUAAAAUAAAACAAAGAACUGUUGAUGCUGGAGAUCUAAAUAAACCAAAACAGAAAUUGCUGGAGAAACUCUGCAGGUCUGACAGCAUCUGAGGAGGGAAAACAAAAUUAAAGUUUUGAGUCCAGCGAUCCUUCUUCAGAAUUACAAUCUAUCAAGCCAGAUUCAUUCGGGAUCUGGGUGACUCAAUAAUAACAUAAUCUGGAAUCAUAACAAUAUGAAUGCACUGUUUCAGACUUACACAUUUAAUCUGGUUCCUUUCUUAUUGAUGUUACUGUACACACACAUAAUCGACUGACUGAACACACUGCACUGAUGCCAUUACAAUAAGAGAAUACCUGAAGGCAAGGAGAAUACCUUUAUACUGGAAUGUCAUGUGCUGUGAUUUCAUGUAACUGUCUUAAAGGUACAGGUCUGUCGGGUCUGGAAUCAAUGCCAUGACACAACAUUCAACAACAUUCUCAACACCUUGGAUACGAAAGAGUAAGCAGGUUUCGUAAACAGCCUGUUGAUUGUAGGGCACGCUUCAGCUGUGUGAUGAAAUCUAAGGUCUAUCCGUAUGUUCAGUAACUCAACAAUUACUUUACAUCAGAGAUAAUGGGAACUGCAGAUGCUGGAGAGUCCAAGAUAACAAAGUGUGAGGCUGGAUGAACACCGCAGGCCAAGCAGCAUCUCAGGAGCACAUUCACACCCCAAGAACUGCUGCAUAACAGAACCAAUUUGUACCAGCUACCAGACACAAUGCAGCAGAUCGCCAUGGCUCCUUUAAAAACUCCCAAAAUCAGUGAUGUCUACCAAGUAGGACAGGGAGAGCAGACACAUGGAAACACCAUUACCUGCAAGUUCUCCAAGGUGCACAUGAUCAUGCCGUAGAUGGAUUAUCAUCCUUACGUCGUUGUUGCUGGGUUAAAAUUCUUGAACUCUUAAAUAAAAGCAGUAUGGCAUUC